AUUUAUUUGUUUAUUAAGUAGAGUCUUUUAGAAACCUUCACCACCAUGGAGGCGGAGCUGCGCCACGUUUCAUCUUCCCGGGAGUCACUCUUAAGCUGCUGCCGCUUCUUCCGGAAGUCCGAGGCUUCCGCUGCAGCCUCAUCCUCCUCCUCCGACGACGACGACGAUGAAUAUCAAAAUCCGGCGUAUAUUCCGGUGGAUUCAACUCGUAUUACCAUGGUUUCCCCUCCGGAGUCUCCGGAUGACGAAAAUUCCUAUCUCGAAGACCUCUUCCAUACCCCUCCCGAGGGGUCUCCCUCGGUCGAGCACGGUGUAGACCAUCGAACCGUGGAAGUUGUUUGCGAUAGGGAUGGAGAUACUGUUCCUGUCGAUGCCGAUUAUGCGGGCGACGUGACGGCAGUCAAAUUGGGGAGGGACACGGAUCUAGGGUUUUCGGAGGUGGAAGUGGAAUUGACGCAGAGGGUUGUGAUCGAUUCGGGUCUAAACGUCGCGAUUCAAAGCGAACCGGAUGAAAUUAGGGUUUCGAAGAGCGAUUUUUCUCCAACUGAGCAAUCACAAGGAGAGUUUCCGUCGAAAAGGUUGAAAAUUGCAGGUUUUGAAUCGCCGGAUUUACGUCUAGGAAGUGUUCAAAAGAAACCCGGGGAGCAAUUGUUGAAAUCUUCCAAGAAAUUGGAGUCAAGGUCUCCAAGAGAUCUUUCUGGGACUGUAACAGAUAAAAAUAGGGAUUCUUCUGAGAAAUUGGAGCUUGCUAAUCAGCAAAAUUAUGUAUCUAGAUGUGAAGUUGGUGAAGAUAUUCAUACCAGCGCAGAGGAACUGUUGAAUUCUUCCGCCAUAUCAAAGUCCAAGAGUGCUAGUCCAGCUCUGAGAGUUCAUUCUGGGAAUGUAAGAAAUGAAAUUGAGGAUUCUUUUGAGACAUUGGAGCCUCAAAUUCAGCAAAAUCAUCCACCCUGUAGUAAAGUUGGCGAAUGUAGUCAUACCAAAAGAAGAUUCGAGUUUCAAACCAAUGUUAUCAAUCCUGAGAUUGAGAGAAAUAUGGGGAGUUGUCUUAAGGGAACUUCUGGUGUGAAGGAGAUGAAUGCGGAGGACAUUGACAAAUUUAGAUACACUUGUGCAAAUUAUCCUAAAUUAUGUGGAAUGGAAAGGAAAGCAGAAACAAAACGCAUAUUGCCAUCAUGGACUAAUGCCAUGGUGGGUGCUGCUGCAUUAUCAAAAAAUACAACAAAGGGGACUGCUGCUGCCAAAUCAUCAAAUGCAAGGAAGGGGGCUGCUGCUCCCAAAUCAUCAAAUGCAACCCUGGGAACUGCUGCAUUACCACAUAGUGCAACAAAGGGGGCUGCAGCUGCCAAAUCGUCAAAUGCAAAGCAGGAGGCUAUUGCAGCAGCUGCCACAUCAUCCAUGAAGGCAAAAGAGGGGACUGCCGGAAACCUACCCAAUUCAGAUGUUUUAUCUGAUAAGAACUCCACAAAAAAUUCUCUUGCAAAUAUGUUGAAGGCAUUGGCAAAGGAUGAUAUGCAGGAUGAAAAUCUGAAACAUCUCAGUCUCAUGGAGGUUGUGAAGAGGCGUGGCACAGCAUUUACUCAGCCUAGCUGGUGGCCACAGGAGGGAUUUGAACUAAAGAGAUAAUUGAAAAUGGUCAUUGAAGGUUUUUUGUGUUUUUGAUGAAGGUCUUUGAACCAUAGAAAAAUUGGAGGCUUGAAGUAGUCUUUGACUCGUGCUCUUUAAUCUGUAUGGAGUGAUUUUUGAAAACUCUAUGUACAGUUAUACUCUUUGGAUAAAAGCAUUUUGUGUAU